AUGAACGCAUCGCGAUGCGUCAGACACACCAGCCUUAUCAUAUGCCUGCACAGGCCAACACUGCGCCGCUCGAGCAUACGGAUUCGCCAAGUAGUCGACUCGCAAUGGCGGUGCAUGAAGUCCAAGUCUUUAGGCUGGGAACUGUUACGGCUCCGGGGAUCUAAAGUUAUCCCCGGCAUAAAGAACCAUGUCUUGAAGAAGCUGGCAGAUUGGUCCUCGGCUUCGAAAGUCGAAGAUGGCACUGGAUACGAGGUCUUCAUUGCAUCUGUCGAACGUGGAGUCGUUGCCCAGUUCUCUCUCCCAAGUGGUCAAGGACAUGUGAGACUUCUCAAGGGCGAUCAUUCGUCUGAUCUCCAACUCGAUUGUUCUGAGUUGAACGAAGCGUCCAAAUACGCGGCCAAAGAGUUGCAAAGAGAUAUUCUCAGUGCCUACAUCGCAAGCUUCCAAACCGGUAGCCUGGACAUGUAUCGUAUGUCUCAACGGCCACGGGUUCGGGACAGAGCGCCUAGGGUAGAAAAUAUCUUCGGGUUUGUCGAGCUAUAUCGCGACCCGCAGGGAAUUCGAGCAGAUUUCGAGGCUCCGGUGGCCAUUGCAGAUGACUCCGAGUCCAGGCUCUUUGCUGAACUAGUUGACAACUCUGCAAAGUUCAUUCGCCGACUGCCCUGGGCAACGCCGGAGAAUGAUGACAAAGGGCCGCUCGAGAGGAGUCUAUUUGAGCCGCCCGACUUCUCGAGCAUUCACGGGAGCCAAGCAAAGCAGUACCCUUUUAUUGAAGCUGCCGAGGCUGAGCAGCUUCAGAAGCACAAGCUCCAGGCUUACUACUGGUGGGUUGUGCUCCAUGAGCUCCUUGGCCAUGGUACAGGGCGAAUGACGGUCGAGAGUAUGGGCGGAAAAUUCAACUUUGAUGGCGAGAAUCCGCCCGUCAACCCCAUCACUAGAAGGCCUAUUUCAAGCUGGUACAAGCCAGGUCAAACUUGGACGGGUCAAUUUGGUCAACUGGCAACUACGCUUGACGAGUGUAGGGCUGAACCUGUGGGAGCUUAUUUAAUGGAUGAUUCGGAGCUUCUUGAGAUGUUAGGUUUCACGGAAACCUCCGACAUUCAUGCCGAAGACUUGACGCACAAUUUGUACUUACAGCUUGGGGUUGAUGGUUUACGAGCACUCUCCAACUUUAAUGUGCAAAGUAAUAAAUGGGGCGAGGCGCACAGUCGGGCCCAAACAGCGUUUGACAGUUCGAGUGGACCGGUCCAAAAUUCGUACACAUGGGAAACCGGCCUUGGGAAAGAUGCUCUUGCAUCUGCAUGUUUCGAUGCACAGCAGAUGCGGAAGGCUGUCGAACAUACUAUGAGAAUUUGUCAAGUAUAG